AUGUCGCGGCAGGUGAGUCCCUCGGUGCCUCCUCUCCGGUCGUCUCUCUCCCCCUGUCGUCUCCUCCACCCACCUGUACUCUCCCCUCCCCCUCUCUACCCUCCCCCAACCCUCCCAACCCCCCUGCUCAAUCCCCUGCUGCCUCUCUCACUCCCUGGUCCUCCCCUCCCGUUCCCGCUGCCUCCCCUGUACCUCCGUCCGCUCUCUGCUGCUCCCGCCCCUGCCCCAUCCCUGAGCCCAAACCCGGAGGCGCGGCGCCCUGGGCCCGCGGCCUCCGCUGGCUCUCUUGCUGCUGCCUCUGCUGUUCCCCCUCCCCGUCCUGGCCCGCCUGCUCCCCCUGCCGUCCCCUCUGCCCACCUAUCCCUCACGCCACCCGACCCCGCAGCUGAUGCUCUCCCCACUUCCCCCCGUCACCUGGCUGUCCUGCCUCGCCCCUCUGCUCCAGCGGUCCCUCACGCCGUGUCCCCUCUCCCACCACUGGCUGUCCUUGCAGUCUUGCUCGAGCCGCCUCCAACUGUGUAA